CCUGCCAAGAGUCUCUCCACCUCAUCCGUCCAGAUUUGCUGCGGUCUUUCUCCUAGGCCAGGCAAAGAAGGAUCACACUUUGAAGACGUUCCCUUUUCUUUGCGGCGGCUUUUUGUUUUUGUUUUUUUAAAAUAUAUGCACGCUCCUCGCCAGGGUGGGUAGUUUGCAGACGUUCCCUGACUCUCCAGCGAGGCGAGACUGGUAUACACGCUCCCGGCUCUUAGACGCUCCCUGCUCGGCCCGGGCUCCUUCACCCUGGUAGAAUCAGCAGCAGCUGCCGCCUACUCGUAGGACCGCCGCUUUCGGGUCGCUUCCCGCGGGGGGCUCCGGUGCUGCAGUUGUGAGCCUGGCCUUGGCAGAGCUGCAAAUUCCCACCGCUGCUGCGUUGCUCCAGAUCUGGCCUCCCCGCCAAUCCGGCGGGGGGGCCAAGCCCCGGCCCCGCUUCAGAGAGUAGGAUGGGUGGAGGAGCACGGGGCAACUCGCCGGCGAUGCAGGAGGCGCUGAGUGCAUCUGCUCAGAAAUUUUCUGCUUGGGUCCAGUGUAACUUCAGACAUUUAAGUAUGAAGGGAAGCUAUCCUUUUCAAAGCAUCAGAGUAGAAUUGAAUGGAGAUGGUACGUUCACUAAAGAAGCAGAGUGAAUAGCUCCGGAAUUGUGAUUGUUACUUGCCUGGGCUAUGAACUGAGGUCUUGGUUUGGACUGCAAGACCCUUCUAGUGACUCCAGAGCUGGUGAGACAGCCAUGGCAUUUUUUACUCCAUGGAAGUUGUCCUCUCAGAAACUUGGCUUCUUUCUGGUGACUUUUGGCUUCAUUUGGGGAAUGAUGCUCCUGCAUUUUACUAUCCAGCAGAAGACUCAGCAUGAAAGCAGUUCAGUGCUUCGUGAACAAAUACUGGACCUCAGCAAAAGAUACAUAAAAGCACUAGCAGAAGAGAAUAGGAAUGUGGUGGAUGGGCCAUACGUUGGGACCAUGACUGCAUAUGAUCUGAAAAAAACACUGGCUGUCCUCCUAGAUAACAUCCUGCAACGUAUUGGGAAGCUUGAAUCUAAAGUGGAAAACCUUGUAUUCAAUGGCACAGGUGCAAACUCCACAAAUAGUACCUCCACUGCUACUCCCAGUGCAGGAAUAGCUGAAAAGCUCAAUGUUGCAGAUCUGAUUAAUGGAGCCCAGGAACAGUGUGAAUUGCCUCCCAUGGAUGGCUUCCCCCACUGCGAGGAUAAAAUAAAAUGGAUGAAAGAUAUGUGGCGAUCCGAUCCUUGUUACUCGAGUUAUGGUGUGGAUGGAUCUACGUGCUCCUUCUUUAUUUACCUCAGUGAGGUUGAAAACUGGUGUCCUCGUUUACCCUGGAGAGCAAAAAAUCCUAAUGAAGAAACUGAUCCAAAAGCAGUGGCUGAAAUUAGAACCAAUUUUGAUUUGCUGUACAAAAUGAUGUCCAGACAUGAAGAAUUCCGGUGGAUGAUGCUACGAAUAAGAAGGAUGGCAGACACUUGGAUAGAAGCAAUUAAAUCACUUGCUGAAAAACAAAAUCUCGAAAAGAGAAAACGAAAAAAGGUCCUCGUUCAUUUGGGACUCCUUACAAAAGAAUCUGGAUUCAAGAUAGCAGAAAAUGCCUUUAGUGGUGGCCCACUUGGUGAAUUAGUCCAGUGGAGUGAUUUAAUUACAUCUCUCUAUUUACUGGGCCAUGACAUUAGGAUUUCAGCUUCAUUGGCAGAGCUCAAGGAGAUUAUGAAGAAGGUUGUUGGUAACAGAUCUGGCUGCCCAACUCAAGGGGAUAAAGUAGUUGAACUUAUUUACAUUGACAUUGUUGGACUGACUCAAUUUAAGAAAACACUUGGACCAUCCUGGGUUCACUAUCAGUGCAUGUUACGAGUGCUAGAUUCAUUUGGGACUGAACCAGAGUUUAACCAUGCUCAUUAUGCCCAAUCGAAAGGCCACAAAACUCCAUGGGGAAAAUGGAACCUUAAUCCACAACAGUUCUACACAAUGUUUCCUCACACUCCAGACAAUAGUUUCCUUGGCUUUGUUGUGGAACAAUAUCUGAAUUCUAGUGACAUCAAGCACUUCAAUGUCGUUAAGAGGCAGAAUCAGUCACUUGUUUAUGGCAAAGUAGAUAACUUCUGGAAGGAUAAGAAAUCUUACUUGGAUGUCAUUCAUACCUAUACAGAAGUUCAUGGAACUGUCCAUGGGACAAGUACUGUCUACAUGCCCAGUUAUGUAAAAAACCACGGCAUCCUCAGUGGCCGGGAUUUGCAGUUCCUGCUGAGAGGGACAAAACUCUUUGUUGGUCUUGGUUUUCCAUAUGAGGGACCUGCUCCUCUGGAGGCCAUUGCAAAUGGAUGUGCAUUUCUGAAUCCAAAGUUUAAUCCACCCAAAAGCAGCAAAAAUACAGAUUUCUUCAAAGGCAAGCCAACACUCCGAGAGUUGACAUCUCAACAUCCCUAUGCUGAAGUUUACAUUGGGAGGCCUCAUGUUUGGACUGUAAACAUCAAUGAUCUUUCUGAAGUUGAGAAGGCAGUGAAAGCAAUUUUGAAUCAAAAGACUGAACCUUACUUACCCUUUGAAUUCACAUGUGAAGGAAUGCUCCAGAGAAUGAAUGUUUUCAUAGAGAAACAGGAUUUCUGCCACGGGCAAGUGAUGUGGCCCCCAUUAAGUGCCCUUCAGGUUAAAAUUGCUGGGUCCGGGAAAUCAUGCAAGCAGGUUUGUCAAGAAAAUCAGCUUAUCUGUGAGCCGUCCUUUUUCCAGCACCUGAAUAAGGAUAAAGACCUCUUGAAGUACAACAUUGAAUGCCAUACAGUAGAGUCUGCAAAUGAUAUUGUGGUUCCAUCUUUUGAUGAAAAGAGAAAACACUGUGUUUUCCAGGGUGAUCUCUUGUUGUUCAGCUGUGCAGGAUCUCAUCCGAACCACAAAAGAAUCUGUCCUUGUAGAGACUAUCUUAAAGGACAAGUUGCACUUUGUAAAGACUGUCUAUAGCAGCAACUCACAUGACUUUAUGAAGGGACAAAAGAGCCAGUGGCUUGGAGAGAACUACUGCCAUUUCUUGCACUUUGCUACUGCAGGCAGAAUUGCUGAAAAGCAAAAAUUUGUACCAAGAUGGAACAGAUAAGCGAUUUAAAAAAAAUCCUCAAAUGAUUUAUAUAUUUUCCUAAGUGAAUGACUCCAACAAAACUCACAGAAAUCUCUUUAUUUACUUAAGGAGGUGACAAAUGAAGUUCAGCAUUUUGUAAGAGUAAAACAAGAGUGUGGGUUUCUUUUCCCAACGGCUCAUCAUGAUCAACAACUUUUCUGAAUAUUAUUUCCAGUAAAAAUAGAAAUCUGGAAGAGACUGGUCUGUACAGGAAAGACUAACACACAUCCUAGGUACACUCUUUCUAGGGUUCUACUGAGCCCUGAAGGGCUGGUGCUGUCCUUGUGAACUUGGAACUACAAUGUAACACAGCUACUGAAUCUCUCAUGGUUGACUAUUGGUUUUUCUCUUACCCGGCACACAUUGCAAAUUCACAGCAGCUGCGUUGCAGUCUCCAGAUAGCAAAGCAAGUCAUCCCAUGAAAUGGGAGGACUGGUGGCUGCCUGAGUGGCAAAUCCUUUUGGUUUGAUAAUGGAUUGUGGCGUUCAUCAGGGCUUACAGGCCACAUAAUGCGUAAUAUUUACAAUGUAUGGUCUUGUCUAGAAUUAUCAGCACCUUUUUCCUACUCCCCCAAAGUUUUGUCUUAAGGUGGUGACAAGACACGCUGUGUGACCACUGAAUAAAAUGGUGCCAUUGGAGCAAUAUUCUCUUCAGUUUGCUAUAGGGUAGUGAGGUAGCGCAACAGCGGUUGAAAGUUGAAAAUAGAAACGAGGCAGUCAAGUGGUCUGUCUUGACAACUUGCGGAGAUUUAAAGAGCUAGUAUAGCACACACAAAACAAUGGCUACGAACAGAAGAGGCCUUUUAGAUAGAUAAGUAAAAGUGGGCCAAUAGUGUUAUAAACUGAAAUUAAUUCUAAGUAUUGAACUCAGAUUUGCUUGUAGAAAGCAGAUGGGCUGUUAUUUAAAAAGUUGUUUGGCAGCACUGACAUCUUUAAAAGCACUACUUGUAGACAGUAAAAGACAUUUACUAGAAAACAAAUGCUUCCUCUCUUUGGAGCUAGGUCUAAAAAUCACCACAGGUUGACAAGAAAAGACUUGGACUAUUUUCAAUAACACAUUUGAGUUUGAUGUUUUUGUUAUUUUCUUCCCCAUCCCCAUCCUUUAAACAUUACUUACUAUUUCUACUGAUGGGCAUUUUUUCUAUUCUUUUGUAAUGUAACUUUAUUCAUUAUUUGGUAUCCAUCAUUUUAUGUGGUACACACUACCAUAUCUUUUGACAUACCAAAGACCAUGAGGAAAAACACUGUUCUCAAAAAAAUAUUGAGAGAUGAGUCUAUAAAAAUGAUUUUUAAUUGUUUUAAAAAUUGCAUAUCUGCAGGGCAUAGCUCCAGAAAUGUUUACCAGUAAGGGUGUUCAGAAAGGUUUUACCAAGACUAAUACAUUUAAUUGUAUGUGCAUAAUUAAAAAUGAGCAGUGGUUGGCCCCAAACUCCAGUAAAUUGUGAUUGGCUUUCAGUAUGAUGUCUUGGAUUUCUGUAAUAUUUAACACUUGGAAUCUAGCCUUGUGUGUUAAGUUACCAAGCAUUUUCUGCCCCACACUUGUAAGUACACAAGCCCCUCCCUUUAUUUAUUUUUAAAGUGAUCACUCUUCAACUUUGGCACACUUGAUGAUUCACUUACAUGUUCUAAUACAUUCUUUAUGAGAACAGGAUGUCAUCAAGCUAAAUCUGGCAAUAAACAAAGUACUACCAAUUACUUUAACAAGCAAAACAUUUGAGAUUAUUUGUUCUGUAAAUACAUCUUUGUUAAUGCACUCAGAUUAGUUUGCCUUUAGUAACAGUGUCCCACUUCUAAUCUUUUUCCUCCAGAGAAAGCUAUUAAUGAAGCAUCAAGAUACAAAUUAUAGGUACAUUUAAGGAAUGCAAGUGGUUUGCUUGGGCAACGUUCCUUCAACAGUAACAUAUAUUUUGUAUUCUAUUGCAACUUUUUUUGUGUUUUUGUUUUCAUACAUUGCUUUGUGAAGGAAAAAAGAAUAGGGUUUUGCUAGUUUGUUUGUGCAAUCAAUAAUGUAUUUCAGCAAAGGGUAUAUCUGUAAAUUGCUAGUUUAAACUUGACAUACUAUAUUCUGGCAAAAAAAGAAAAGCACUGAGUGACAGUGUAAAAUUGAUUAAGUUCUUAUUGUAGGAUGGUAUCCAACUAAGCCAUAGUCAGAGUAGGCCCACUGAAAUCACUGAAAUGACUAACUUAAAGUCCAUUGACUGGACUUAAGUCUAGUAGGUCUACUGUGAGUACAACUUGGGUCAGAUACCACACAUUUCUGCAGUAAUUUUAUGAUAUCACUGACAGACUCAUCCACAUAGUUUAUUGGUGCAAUUUUUUAUAACAGUAAUGCACUAAUAAUGGAAUAGAAAUGAAUUUGUGUAUUAACCUUAUUAUGGCAAUAUUUAUUUACUACGAAGACUUGGUGUAAGGAACAAAUUGAGUUUUAUUUAACCAUGGCACAGUCAAUACAGGUGCAGCAGACCUGGCACCUUUAAGUAUAUCAAAAUGCAGCAGCAAGUGAAUCUUGUACCAUGAUCCAGGUUAGCCAGGAAAGGCAUUUCUUCAAACAUACCUAUAAAUUUGAAUAGCUUUAAUAAACAACACCUUGAAAACAAACUCAAUAAUAAUGUGCCAGCAUGCAGAGCCAUUAACAGAUGAUUAUUAAGGAGUUUGUUUUCAGGAUUUCAUUCAUUCAAGCUAGACAAACGUAUAGAUAUGUUUAGGGGAUGUCUUCCUUGGCUAAAACUUGGGCCACCUCCUUAAAGACUAAAUGCAAAAACAAGAUACUUAAGGAUUUUGAGAUCUAAGUAGCAUUGCAAAUCAUUCUGGCAGAUUUUGGCUUUGGGUAUAAAUGAGCUUUAAUUCAUGGACUGCCCCUUAAGUCAAAAAUAAAAUAGAAAAACCACUCAUCACCAGAAGCAACACAUCUUCAUAUAUCAAAAUUUCCUUUUUAUUUUACAAGUUUAUAUAUUUUCUUUCUUUGACCUGGUAUUUUAAAAAAAUUCUUUUUCUGAGAGAUUACCAAAACUUGAGAGAAGCAUUUACGUAAUUUAUUUUUUAAAAAACUUAAAAUUAAAAGCUUACCUUUGAAAGGUAAAGAUUGAAUACACUGUUUAAAAUGCCAAUAAAAACCUCAUUUAUUUCAUAUAUGCAAGUUGAUUUGCACAUCUAUAAGUACAUUUCACCUAAUUUUGAUGAUUUGUCUCUUUUGUAGUUUAUAGAAGCAGUUGUGGCUGAGGACAGUUUUGUUUUUUUGCAUGGCAAUGUCAAAAUAUGUGUGCCUUUUUAUUUUAAGUAAUUGUGUGUUUAGGAUUUGGGCAAUGCCUGAAAAAUUAUAAUGGAAUAUUAAUUUGAGAAUUUAUAUACUUUUGUAAAUAUGAGUAUGAAUUAUGAAUAUUUUUAUUGGAAAGAAGACAAAGCUGUUAAAGCAAAAGAGCAUAUUGCAAGCUGCAACAAGAGAAUGCUGCCUAUUGAUAUUUGUACUUGAAUGUGUCUAAACACAAUGCACUUAUGUGAUGCAUUAUUUGUGUUACAUCUUAGCAAAGGCGGAAGGAUGGAAUAUAGUAGGCUAAUGAACAGCUGACUGGUCUUCUAUAUGGUUCUGUAGGGUAGUUGGUAGAAAUUUACCCUGAACCUCUCUUGUUUUUUAAGAAAAAUGCAGUUCAGUAUGCAAAUUACUAAUACUUCAUAGUUUUGUGAACUGGCACAAUCUUUUGAAGGAGCAGAGUUUUCUUGCAGAGCAUAAAGCUCAUCUCAACUUCCACAGCUAAGAAAGCACUCCUAUUACCUUCUUGCUUGAAUUCCCUACUACUGUAGCAUUAAAAGCAAACAUCUAUUUUAUCUAAAGUUCACACAGCAUAUUAAGCUGUGCAUGUUAUGUGAUUCUAGUGUUCAUGCCACUGUUGUAGAAUCAGGAUUAGCAGCAGCAGCCUAGCACGAAGUCACAGCAACCAAAUUCCCUCAAGUACACAGAAACUAAAAACUAUAGAUAGUUCAGGUUAUAUUUUUGACUGAUAAUAUGAGUGUCAUCCUUCCUUCUACAAAUUUGCCAACAUGAAUGACCAAGCACUCCCAUAUGUUAUUUCUUCAGUGUGGCUCUGCUUAUAUGGCUGUUCCACAUGAAGAAUUUUUAGCGUGUGUAAAUAGGCCCUAAAUCAAUUUCUGUGGAAACUUCCAUUUAUUUAUUUAACACUGUAAUAUUCAUGUGACAUUUUAUACCUUGAUGUUCAACAGUCCUACUAGGCCUUCUGCUAAAAUCAAAGUAUUUAGGAGCAAUUCAAAAGAGGGUUCACUAGGGCAUGGAUAAAACAUUUAUUUCAAUGAUUUAAGUUGCUUCUUGCACUACGUUACAUGGUUUUGAGGUACACAGUUUGUUUGGUGCUCCUAUCAUAUGAUUUAAAAUUGCAUGAGCAUCUUUAUGUAGUAACCUCCCCAUAACUGGUGCUUUUAUUUUUGUUUUUAAAAUUACAAUCGUUUUGAGUUUUUUUAAAAAUAUAUAUUUUCUUGUAACUAAGGUUGUGAAACAAAAGGGUAUCAGUAGUGCUUAGACUACAGAAAAUGUCACAUGUUCUAUAAAAUUACUGUGUCCACCCCUUGCACAAUGGACAUUACCCCAUCACAAUUACCAGUACUAGGUUUGCAAAGCAAAAAACUGAAUAGGUUUCACUUACUACUAGAUCAUUGUAUUCAAGCUUUUACACAAAGUACAGUGAGUUCAUAUUCUAGAUAACUGCUGUUAAUUAUUGUAACGUGAAAAGGACUAUUGUUGAGAGGAUAUUGACUGCUAUUUUAAGCUAGUAAUUCAGUGUGUCCUCUAGCUUAGGUUAUCCCUGGUGCUCCACAUUGGCUCUUGUCAAAUACAAGCAAGCAAGUAAGCACUGGUUUUCUCCACUGACAUACGAGAUUAAAUAACUUCAGUAUCAGUUUUCAAAAUUGUCCAUUAAUGGCUUUAGUACAACUAGUUCCUUGUACCAUUAAAAAAAAUUCCCAUUACCUUUUAUAUGCAAUAAGAACGUUACGUUUGUUCUAGUUUUUUUUUCUCCAAGGAGAGAUAUUUUUCUAUCCUAUCAACAAGCGACUUUCUUGUUUUUAAACUGGGCAUUUUGCCUUUACCAGUCCCAGCUCUUUGCCAUACACACUAUAUUAACCCAUAUAUUGCUACUCAUAUACAAACUGAAGAUUGACUUGUUCAUCCACUUUAUAUAUGUAGGUUAGUAUAGUAAAACUAUUAUUUGAUAACUUUUGAUAGUUUCUUAUCAGUUUUAUGUUUAUUGAUAUGGUUUCUGCUUUACAAAGCGUACUAUCUUGAGCCAACAACUUUUUACAGACUUUUUUUCUUCCAGUUUUUCUCAAGAUCUUUAACAUAAAUAAUAAAGUGCAAUUUCUGCUUGAAUUAGCUAUGCCAUUACAUUAAAGCAGCAUGGGCAUAGACACACACACACACACACUCAGGAUCUGCCUUUUGCUCUCUUUCACCAGAACAAUCUUGCAAGAAAAUCCACAAAUGGGUAUAAUUCCAGUUCAUGCCAAUUUGUAACGCAUCAACAACCUUCAAGGUGAAAUUAGAGUAAAUUAAAAAUAAUUAAAAUAACAAUCUCCUGCUUUAAUCAUACUGAGAAAAUAUUUGGUCUUCAAUAAGUCUAGUAAAGAGUCACUCGCUUGAAGGAGGAAUUAUCUUACAACAGCACUGCAGAUUUGGUGGCCCUCCAUCUGUUACCGGACUACAAUUCCCAUAAUCCCUGACCAUUGGCUAUGUUAGCUGGUAGGAAUAGGAUUUGGGAAUCCAAAAACAGCUGGAGGGCAAGAAAGUGGCUAUUCAAGAAGUUUUACUCAUGGCUUACUAAAACAAAGCCUCACUACUCUUAUUGCUUGAACACUGAUGUUUAACAACCACAAUUAAGCCACAGAUUGUCUUUUAAAUUAUUUUAAUUCCACCCAGUUUCAAGGGACAUUCUGUGUUGUGUUUGCCUUUGCUUUACUAGGGUGGGGAUAGUUAAUGGUUAAAUGAUGAGUAGUCAAACCAUACAGCAUGUGUGACUUGUAGAAGCACUCUCUUGGGCUUCUCCAGCAGUUCAGACUUCUGACUCACACCUCCAGCACCUUCCACAACUUUCCUGGCAGAAAGGUUUGCAUUUUACUCAUCAGUAUUUAACUUUUCAAAAAAAAACAACACUGUUUUUCUGUUUGUCCCAGUCUCCUGGAUGCAACUUCCAUUACCUUAGGCUUUUUACACUGACUGGCUUAUGCUUUGUCUCUUAAUAUUCCCAAAAUGUAAAAUGUUUUCCAUAAUUCUGUCCUUUACAUUCUAAGUCAUUUUUAGGUAUUAAACAAAGAUCCCAUACUAAAGAUUUUUGAACCUAUUACUGUGUAAUAAAUUGACUGUAUAAUAGAACUGCUAGGAAAGUCAGGCCAUCCUAUACUGCAAAUGUUAAAAGUGUGUGUAUGUAUAUAGUAUGCUAUAGAAAUAGAUAGUAUAUACAAGAUGGAUGUAUCUUAGUAUUAUAUCUUGAGUAUUUUAUCCUGGACACUGAUGGAUGGUACUUAACUACAUGCCCUGUCAUUUUAUAGUAAUAUAAACAAUUUCCUUGGUAUUGAUGUAUACAUAAAGGUACCAGCCUUACUAAUAAUCCACCAUGUGGAGUCUGUAUCUAGCAAUGGGUUUGGCUCAGCCUACACUCAAACAAUUAUGAAAGAGACUUGCUUUAAUGUAAUUGGUCAUAUGCUAUAUAUAGUGGUAGGUGUUUAUGGCACACUGUACGAGUUGCUAGUUCUACUUAGACUUUUUCUUGAACUCAAUGUCACUGCUUUCAAAAGUAGAAAAGUAUUAACAAUAGUUUACAAUAUUGGUAAAAUGACUUUUCAAAGGAAAAAACCUGGUUCCAAUGAGCUAGCAUAAACCCUCUGCAUUGUUUGCCAAGUGUACAUAAAUUUUCACCUAUAUGAUUCCUUCCUGAAAGUAUGUUUACGUAAUGCAUCAAUAACACCCACCCUCACAGAAAUACUGGCAAUAACCAUGCACAUACAUGUAAAAGGACACUUACCUAGCUCUUUGAAAACCAGGCUAUGGGGAAGCACACUGUUUUGUCUGACACAAGAGAGCUUACCCUUGGCUACUACUUUUCCUUUUAAAAAAAAAUAUAUACAAAGAAGGCAGCAAGUAGUAUAUAUACACACUGCUCUCCUGUUUACUAAAUGAACUAGGCAGUCCACAGCUAGGGGUCAUGAUAACAUUGACUGCCGGCUACUAACAGGAACCCUAAAAACAGUAAGUAGGGUUUUUUCCCCCAAAAGUGUGUAAUAGAGAAUAGGAAAAGUCACUAUCUCUACCAUAAAAAUAACAUUAAAAAACAAAAUCAUCAUUCGUAAUGAAGACUGAAAUGUUCCCAGUUCUAGGAGUACCACUGAGCUGAGUCAUAGGUUAAGAUUUAAUAAGGAUUUUAAUCUGUUUCACAAGCACUGUUUAUUUUUUUUAAAAGGAUACAUGUUUCAAAUUUUAUUUUUUUAUUUCCUAAAUUGUGUUCUGCUAUAUUUUGUUUAAGUAGUUUGCUUCACAGCAAGUAAUUGUAAAAUCAGACGUUUAACAAUAUGGGAAACUUAAAACCAAGGUAUGUCUGUAUUCUCAUGGCUGACAAUGCUUUCCUCCCCCCCACUGUUGUAGGGAGAACUAGGAAAAUUUUUAUUUUUCAAUAAACUUUUUCUUGUGUGA